GCGAGCUAGUAAGGAAGUAAAUUGUGAGUUACUCACGAAGUUAAAAUGCGGAGCUGUCCUUUCCUUUUCCUCCUCAGACAGCUCAGUGUAACGCUCAAAGCUGAUGCUGAGGUGGACAUUGUGUAAACAUUGUUCGACCUAGGAGGGAAUCAUUGUUACUUAUCGAUGAAAUCCCUCAACUAGAUAAGGAAAAAGCAGUUAGCUGGGUUGCUAACUGGCGUUAGCAGUUCUUUGUUUUCUUCCCCAGCUGGGCUGCAACCAUGAAACCAAACUAGUGUGGACAUUACCAGCUCCUCUAACAUGCGUGUGGGAUCCUAGACGUGAAUACAGCUGCGUGUUCUGUGGGAGAUCCUGAAAGAGAGGUUUAUUAAACCUUACCUAAAUAAACAUUAGCUGCCGAGAGCAACUUCAGCACCACUGGGUUUCUGGGUGUUUUGAUUCGGGCCAGAAAACUGCAGAAGAUAUGGGCAACUGCCUGAAAUCUCCCACCUCCGAUGACAUCUCUCUGCUGCACGAGUCUCCGUCUGACAGGGCGAGUUUCGGGGACGGGUCGGACCCGGACCUGGAGCCGCCUCCGCCCUACCAGGAGCAGGCUCACAUGCCCAUGUUCCACCCGACACCCAGCCAGGCCCGCCUGGCCACCCAGCUGACAGAGGAGGAGCAGAUCCGCAUAGCUCAGCGCAUUGGCCUCAUCCAGCACCUCCCAAAGGGCGUUUAUGAUGGAGGGAAAGAUGGCUCGGAGAAGAAGAUCAGAGAGUGCGUUAUCUGUAUGCUGGACUUUGUUUAUGGGGAUCCUAUUCGAUUCUUGCCAUGCAUGCACAUCUACCACAUGGACUGUAUAGACGACUGGCUGAUGAGAUCCUUCACCUGCCCCUCCUGCAUGGAGCCCGUGGAUGCUGCCCUACUCUCCACCUAUGAGACCAACUGAUUCCUCCAAUUCCUCCCCAGUACUUAGAUCACACUCAGCUCCUCCACCACUCACACCUAACAGCUACCCUCUUGACUGAGAGGAGCUAAAAAUGUGUUGCACUUUCAAGUUUCAAAAUUCCCCUCGUCCAACUUUGGACUCUUUCUUUCUUUCCCCACCCCUGCAGUUCUGAUGCUCUAUAAGCUGGUCUUAAAGCAUCAAUUAUGAGUCGGUAAGAAACCAUGAACACCAAGUACAUUAUAUUUGAAUCUUUUAAGACCUGGUGAAUGGGCAUUUCCAUUUGAGCUGGUCUCGGUGGUGUUUAUGAAUGCAGUUCCCAUAAUUCCAGUUGAUCAUGAAUCAAAUGAAACAUUUGCUGAGGGAUGAUGCUAGAUAUUCUGGCUGACAUUCAAGUUUUCCUGUGCCCACAGUAAUCAAAGCAAUUUAAAACAAUAAUCUUCAAGACAAACAGCCCUCUGCUUAUGUGAUAUAAUACACAGCUGAUACUUACACUUUUUGUGUAGAAAAAAACUUCGCCUUAUAACUCUCCUUUUGGUCAGCGUUACAAAAGAAAUAUUGCCCCAUGCUAUAAAUCACCCCAAGUGGAAAAAAGUAUACAGUGUUCUAUAUCAUGGAUAUCAGAACAGCAUAAUUUUCCAUGGCCAGUUUUUUGAGUUGAAGGGAAAAAUUGUUUGUUAUAUGAAUGUUUCACCUGAUGUGUAAACUAUCUGCCAGCCAAUAUAAAGGGCUUAUUUGUGCAUGGGCAGAUGGGUCAGUCAGACAUUAGAAACGCUUGCACAACUUUCCAACUGAUCCAGAAUUUGCACUUUACUUAAAGGAUGUUAUGUAAAACAAUAUAUUAAUAUAUGUACCUUAUAACCUUGCACUAUCAAGACUUCAUUCCUUUCUCUCCGAGAUGCAAAAGUUAUGUAACUGAUAAAAGAUAUUUUCCCAAAUUGUCAGUAGUCAUUUAACACGUUGAGGCAAGCCUGAUGAUGCAUUUCACAAGAUCUGUGAUUGAGUAGUGUGAAAACCUGCUUCUUUUUUUUAAUUUUUUUGCAAUUUUUCUUUUAUUGCUUUUGAUUCUCCCAGAUGAAGGGACAGAGGCUAGCUCAGAGUUAAAGGAAUAUUUUAACCCUUUUCGCAUUUGUCUGGUUUUAAGAGUUGGACCCCAAAAUUACUCAAGUCUGGGCUUUAGGCAGCAAAAGGAUAAAAAACUGAGCUGGCUCUCUUUAAAGUCAGAAAGAUGCUUUUAAUGUUUAUUACCAACACAUUCACAUGUUUUUGAACUCUGGACAAAGCUGCACAAGCUAUCUCAUCUGUCUGUGUUGUGAGAGCUCUUGGCGAGUGGAACUGUUCCUGUAUUUAACUGUUUUCUGUAUUAAUUUUUCGUUUUUUUAUUUAAGAUUUAGCAUUAUUUUAUUCCACUUCACUAUAGCAGUAGCUAACAGUCAGUGUUUUCUUUUUAAUUUUUGCAUUAGUUGGUAGUUUUUCUGGUGUGUUCUUUUUUUGUGUUUUGUUUGUUUUUUUUCUUUUUUUGGUCUCAUUUGAUUUUGCUUCACAUUUUUACACAUUGUUACAUUUAUGUUAAUCCACUGCAUUUGUUUCAACUUGCGCAAACCUCUGUCCCAUUUGUGUGAGACAUCUCUUGUCGUGUAAAAGAAAACCUGAGAUGAUAUAGUUUCCACUGAAAUGUCCUUAUGUUGUGUUUUUCAUUUAAUAUUUCAUGUAAUUGUGUUUUUAUUUCUUUUAUUUUUCAAGGCUAAGCCCUCGUGUAAACAAUAAAGAAGAGGAGAGUUA